UGCUCGGGCCGGAGCGACCCUGCCGGCUGCGCUCGCCCCCGGGCUCCACCUGCCCCGCGGAGAGGGAGGCAACGGGCCGCGCCCAGCAGGGGGACGAUGACGAGACCCUCAGAAAAUACAAAGGACAUUCUGGUGAUUUAUGAAGAAGAGGCAGAAGAAUGGGCUCUGUAUUUAAAAUCGCUUUUCAAACACAUUAUAAAGGAAGAAGGAAUCUUACUUUACAACCUAGAGACUUUAUCUUUUCAGCAUCUGGGGUCACACUCUCUAUCCUGUUAUAGAUGUAAACUGCUCAUACUAUCAAAUGGACUUCUAAAAUGCCUGGAUCAAAAGAGAAGAUAUUUCUUGGACAGGGUCCUUGAGCCUCCAGGUAGGGUAGUGAUUCUACUUUGUGGGGUGGAGAACUCAGACGUUCUACAUGAGAUACUGACCUUAGACCAAAGAAGCCAAGAGAUCUCCACCGAUCAGGAUCCCGAGGAAUAUCUCUCCAUUGUUGCUGGUGUUAUUCAACAAGAUGAACCACAGAAUGAAGAAGCCGAGGAGUCACUGUCUUGCAUCUAUGAAACAGUUCUUGCAGAUGAUUACCGAGAUCACUCUGAAGUUAACUUGCAGUUGGAUGAAGGAGGAGUAUCAGUGAAAACAGAUGUGAGUUUGGAAACUGAGGUAGUUUCUGAAACGUUGGAAACUAUAAGACCAUCAGUAUUGGUGCUACCAGAAAGGAUAUCAUGUGAGAACCCUGGUGAAAUAUUCAUUCUUUUGAGAGAUGAAAUAACUGAAACUGUAGAAAUUGAAUUCAUAACAGACAAUCAACGAAUUAGGACACAGCCAGCCUUUUGGAAUCAGAAGGUCAGAUGCAUGAAAGCUUUAGAUUUUCCUGCUGGCCCUGUAAAUGUAAAUGUCUACUGUGGGGGAGUCAUUAAGGCCGUGACACAGAUUGAAUACUACACAGCAGUAGAGGAGAUUGAACGCAUAUUUAAAAAAGUGGCUGAUCCAAUAGCUUUUGCUUGUCAGGCUUUCAAGUUUUCUUCUGUGGAGAAGCUUGACAGUACUCUGACCUUCUUAGUGAAAAGCAAGGAGUCUGCUUAUGAAUUCAGCGCUUUCCCGAAUGAAGUGCACCAUCAACAAGCUAAUUCCUAUUGGGAAGAGCUUCCUACACUUCUACACUGUGCAGCUAAAUUUGGAUUAAAGAACCUUGCUACUCUUCUACUCCAGUGUCCUGAGGCAAGUCAGGCUUGCAGAAUAGCCAACAAACAUGGAGAGAAACCAGCACAUAUUGCUGGAAAGCACGGGCACAACGAACUCCAAAAAAUCAUCCAAGAAUUGUCAGUGGUUAUAGUCAUUGUCCCUAAAAAGGCUUUCUUUAACAGCCUGAAAUGA